CAAAAUAUAAAUGAUGAGGGUAAGCUACAGGAUCACUAUAUUCUCAUAUGUAACCAGUCUGCAACAGUUAUUUGGCUCGCACUUUCAUUUGGUUACAAGGGACUACUUCAAGUCUCAGCAAUUUUCAUGGCAUUCCAUACCCGCCGAGUCAAAGUCAAAAUCCUUAAUGAAUCAAAAGAAAUAGCUGCAAUCAUUUACAUCAAUAGUAUUGUAUUAGUACUAUUGGCAGCAUCUGAAUUUACUCUUGCCACACAUCAUAAUGCUUAUGCUGCAUUGUUUGGAUUAGGAUUACUUACUGAGGCAACAUUGUUUCUUGGACUAAUAUUCAUUCCAAAGAUGGUUCGUUUAUAUCUUGAUCCUGAAGGAGAAAAAAUAUUUACUCGAUCAGAUGCUCCUGUGACAAGUACUCUUCAAACAAUAGCAUCAACCAUUGACAAAAAAUAAACCCAUUUUGUAACAGGAGAACAGUAAUUUGCUAAUACAACCAUUGUCCUAAAAUUGU